AACUAAUGUUGGUCAUCUCAUAAGAUUUAAAAUUUUAAUUCAAUAAUCGGUGGGGGGAGUCUUAAAAAGAAUCGUAGUAAAAGGGUUGUAUGGAGAGAUAUAACUUCAGUAUUUGAAAGUAGGAUUCGUACGGGGAUAAUAAUAAAUAAAACUCAUAAAGAUAUCAUUCAGUUUUUAAAUGAUGCUUUUUAUUUAUUUAAAAAUAGAAUUGAAAAUAUUUUUUAAAAAAUGCCAAUGAUAAAAGUGAAUACAUAUUUAAGAGGGGAAUUUAUAAAGAAAACAGGGGAGACAGAGGUACGAGAAAAAAAAUAUUUUAAUACCAAAAAUGAAAUAAUAGAUUUAGGAACUGAUUUAGAUCACUGGUUUGAAGUUUUCGUAAAAGAAAAAUUUUUAAAUAAGUUGUCUGAAUUUCAAGAAAAAGAUAGUAACUGGGCUCUAGAUCAAAUUAAUUCAGUAGAAAUAAAUAUAAACAAAUUUGAAAUGGGUAUAGGAUAUUCAUCUUUCAUUGAUCUACCUAAUGAAAUUGCUAAAAAACGAGCAUGUAUUAAUAUUAGAAACACUGAUCAUGCAUGCUUCGCAUGGUCGAUAGUCUCAGCUUUGUAUCCUACUAAAAAUAAAACCGGUAGUUUUAAAAUUAAUAACAAUAGACGAUUAGGAAAACACCCUGUGUGAACAAGAUGAUAUUAUUAAUUAACAACAGUCGACAGAUGAAUAUUUGACUAGAUUGGAACAAUUUAUAACAGAUACUAAAGAAUUUGUAAAACUUAAACAAGCAAAGAAGAAUCUUUUAUAUCGAAAACUAAAGAAUUAUCAACGUCGUGUUACAAAAAUUCAAUCAACGACCUAUUCAUUAGAUAACGUAAACGUAAGUUAUGUUUCUACCAAAACGAAUAAAUUCUGUUCUGAAGUGGCAGGAAUACCAGCUUGCGAAAGGGAAAAUUUUGCUUGAUAUACGAAGUAACAAAAGAAGAUGGAAAAGUAAAUCCUGCCGAAAAAUUUAAAAUCCUUAAGAAAGCAGAAUAAUGAAUACACAGUAUUGUGAAAAUUGCAAGAAUUAUUUUUAUUUUUGAGAAAAAUCUGUAAUAGUGUAUUCAUUUUUAUCAAAACUCUUUCAAUUCCAAGAUUUAAAUUCUAAGGAACCGUAUCCAAAAUUAGGUGAGCUUCCAAAAUUAAGUGAGCUUCCAAAAUUAGGUGAGUUUCCAAAAUUAAUUAAGUCUUUUACAUGAAAAAGGCAUACUUUCACUGAAUCUUGGUAACAUUUUAAAUACUUAUAAUGGCUAAAAUACAAAUAAUUAGGGAUGUUCUAUUAAACAAUCAAAGUGAUAUCGGCAGUGACCUGGAAGUGCUAAAAAGUUAUUUUUAAGUAGUAUAAUCAAUCCAUAGGGUCUUCAACUUCAAAGAUGGACUGCUAAGUUUCCUAAUCAAAUUGCAUCUAACCCAGUAAUCUCCAAAUUAGUUAUAUCUAAAAAAUGUAUUAAGAAGGUGGAUUUAAAACAGGAAAAGUACAGUGAUAUUUCCUCAGACGAUUUAGAAAGCACCCUGUGUGAACAGGAAGAUAUAAUCAAUGAGCAGCAAUCGACAAAUGUGUAUUUAAAAAGAUUAUAGCAAAUAUUUUUUUAAAAAAAAAUUAGUUGGAACUAAUUGAACACCAUACAAUUAUUUGUCACCAUCCAUCCGUAGUUAAUCCUGAAGAAGUUUUAAAAGAAGAGUACGUCGAACAGGUAUACUGCGCACAUUGCGAGCAACGGUGCAUAAAGUACAAUACGUAGAGAUCGAAGAUUGCAAAUCUUGUCUCUCAAAAUACACAAACGAGGUAUUAACAGCAGAAUUUCUUACUAAUGGCGGAAAUGACUAAAGAUACUUUAAAUUUAAUUCAAUAAAUAUGACAGACUGCGAUGGAAUUGUGGUCUCUGUUAAAGAAUUGUUCGAAGAAAUGGCUGCUACGAGGAACAAGAAUUAUUCACGACGUUAUGCCAAACAUCGAUGAAAAAACAACAUAUUUAUUUAGUAGAUAUCUUUCAAAAAAAUUUAAUGGAAGACUCUUGGGUCAUUCAUACCGACCAUGCGCAAACCAUCCACGACUGUAUGUACUCCGGAAACAAAUGUAGAUGUGCCAGACUUGGAUGCUUGCAUGUCAAAAUUGGGUCUAGACGGUUUUAUAGAUUCUAUUGCUUCAGUCCCAGAUACCUCUACAAUCUCACAAAGUAGGUAACCAGUUUUUAACGAAAAACGUGUGGAGUAUUAUUAAAAUGAACUGCAUUAAUAUAUAAAGAGAAAAACUACUAAUAAUAAUAUUUAAAAUAAAAUAAUUUGUUUGAUAUGUGGUUGUUGUUUCUGCUUUUGCAACGUCUCCACAACUUCAGUAAUAUUUCAGUAUAGUAUAUUAUGAUGGAGUGUUCAGGGUUAGUUUAGUUAUAAUUUUUAAAACUUUAUUUAACAAUAGAUAUUUUAGAUAGUUGCAAAAAAUUGGCGAGUUAGAGUACUCUAACUCACCAAUUGGAAAAACAUGGGUGUUUUUAAAGGAGAGCGCUAUAUUUAUUAAAAAAGUAAAAAUCUAGAUCUUUUUGGUAAGCUAAAUUUAAAACAAAUUUUAAAUUAAUAUUAAAUUUUAGGUAUCCAUUUUAUUAUAUUUUAAAAUAAAGGCAUAAAAAUAUAAAUUUAAACAUUUUAGUGUCAGAACAAUCGACGUAUCGAAAAUGUAAGGUUUUUUUAAUAUGUAAAUUGGCUAAUUUAUUUUAGGUUAAAUGAUGAUGCUGAGUAAGUUAUAUGUUUAUUAGAUUCAAAUUGUCCACGACUGUUCCUACGCCAGUGGAAAAUGCAGAUGUUCCAGAAUCCAAUGUCUGCCAACCAAGGGAAAAUCUCGAAGACAUCAUCGAAGCUAUUAUUUCUCUAUGAAAGGAAAAUAAAAACGGAUGCCGUGCAAAUAGUAGACGAAAUUAGGUUAAGAACACUAGAGGUUUUCCUAUUGUGACGAUGAAA